UGAACAUCUGAAAUUUCUUGACGUGACCAACUUCCUUGCCCCAGGAUUCAGUUACGACAAAUUUCUAAAGGCCUAUGACUGCCCCAAACCAAAGGAUUCUUCCCUUAUGAAUGGAUGGAUUCUCUACAAAAGUUGAACUGUCCUUCUCUCCCCACUCAUCAAGCGUUCUACUCGUCACUGAAAAACAAGAACAUCUCCGAAGAAGAAUACCUUUACUGCCAGCAGGUAUGGCAUGAUCAUGCUAUGCAAACGUUUAAAGAUUUCUUAGUCUGGUACAACAAUUUAGAUGUUCAGCCGUUUUGUGAGGCCUUGGAGAAGAUGUGCCAUUUUUGGAAAGACAAGAAUAUUGAUAUGCUCAAACAAGGAAUCUCUAUACCUGGCGUGACUCUGACUUAUCUAUUCAUGACAUUAGAACCUGGUAUUUACUUUUCAUUGUUUGAUGAUUACAAUAAGGAUUUAUACAAGCUGUUCAAAACAAACAUGGUUGGAGGACCAAGCAUAAUAUUCCACAGAUAUCAUGAAAAAGGAAAGACAACGAUCAGAGCAAACGAAAUGCUGAAUAUGGGAAGGGAGCCCAAGAUGUGUCAAAAGGUUGUUGGAUACGAUGCUAACGCGCUUUACCUGUGGGCCAUCAUGCAAGAUAUGCCUACUGGUAAUUUCACUCGUCGACUUGAAGAAAACCAAUUCAGGAAAGAAAAUUCCAUCAGGAUGGCAACACAUUGGCUAGAGUGGGAAGCUCAAAAGAGAAAUAUCGUCAUCAGACACAGCAUGAAUAGCACAGAAAAAAGAAUAGGGCACAGGCAACUACCAGUGGAUGGAUUCCAUGGUCCCUCCAAGACAGUAUUCCAAUUUCAAGGAUGCURGUGGCAUGGUCAUACUUGUCAUCUGACCGAAGGAAAAGAGUAUAACGAAAGAAGAAUUAAGAAUAUGUCUGAUCUGUUCUUAGAGACUCAGCAAAAUUCCCAGUACAUACGAGACCAGGGGUAUUCCUUAGUAGAGAUGUGGGAGUGUGAGUGGCGAGAAUUGAAGCGGAACAAUCCAGACAUCAAACAGUUCCUCAGAGAGCGUUUUGAAAGACCCUUGGAUCGGUAUUGGACCCUCACUCAGCAGCAAAUUCUGAAUGCAGUCAAGAAUGGGAGUCUGUUUGGUUGCCUUGAAUGCGAUAUACGGGUCCCCGACCACCUAAAAUCAAAAUUUAGUGAAAUGUGCCCCAUUUUCAAGAAUACAAGAAUCAGCCGUGACGAUAUUGGAGAGUACAUGAAGCAGUUUGCAGAGCAACACAAAGUGAUGCCCACCCCACGCCAAAGUCUAAUUGGUAGUUACUAUGGAGAGAAGAUUCUGCUAGCCACGCCCCUCGUUAAAUGGUACUUGGAACAUGGACUUGAAGUAACCAGGAUCUACCAAGUAAUUGAAUACAGUCCAAUAUCCUGUUUCAGACCGUUUGGUGAAUCCGUAUCCAAUGCACGGCGUGAUGGAGAUGCUGACCCUGACAAGGCUAUUAUUGCUGAUACAAUGAAACUGGUUGGAAACUCUAGCUAUGGAAAGACCAUCACCGAUCAAGAGCGACAUCGCAACAUCAAGUUCUGUGAACAAACUCAAGCCUCUCGACUGAUAAAUUCUCCCUUCUUUAGACAGAUAGACAGCAUAGAUAAAAAUACUUAUGAAGUGCAGUCAUGUAAGAAAAACAUCAAGUUGAAUCUACCUCUUCAGAUUGGCUUCUUCGUUUAUCAAUAUGCUAAAUUGCGUAUGCUCCAGUUCUACUUUGAUUUCAUUGACAAAUAUAUAGAUAGGAGUAAUUUCCAAUAUUGUGAAAUGGAUACAGACUCUGCGUAUAUUGCUUUAUCAGGCAACAGUAUAGAAGAAUUGGUGAGGCCAGAAUUGAAGGAGCAAUAUGCAUUGGAAAAGUCUCAGUGGUUUCCGAGAACCGAUAGUGCUGAGAACGCAGCCUAUGAUAAGCGAACUCCAGGCCUUUUCAAAGAGGAAUGGUCAGGGGAUGGGAUCAUAGGUCUUUGUUCUAAGACCUACUACUGCUUUGGGGUUAGCGAUAAAUACAGUUGUAAAGGUGUUUCUAAGAAAUGUAAUGAAAUCAAUAAGGAUAAGUACCUAAGUGUCUUGCUUACUAAGCAAAGUAGUAGUGGUCUGAACAAAGGUUUUAGAGUCGUGAACAAUAGCAUUUACACAUAUAAUCAAACAAGAAAUGGAUUCUCGUAUUUUUAUCCUAAGCGAAAAGUGUUAGAAGACGGCAUCACAACUAUCCCCUUAGAUAUUUAACCAUUAUCUAAUAGCUGUUCUAAUAGCUGUGAAAAAUUAUGUAAUCUCAUAUCAUAAGAUUGUUUAAUUUGUUAUCACCACUUUGUUUACUUUAGAUAAUAAAACCCAUUGAA